UCCGAAUGUGGAAGCUGCAAGCUCCUCCAUAGUUUGAGGAGGUGGUGGCUUGAACCGAGCGUUGUGUUGUGCGACUGGCUCGUUCGCCUGGAAAACAACACUCAACUCAGUUAUUCUCUUUCGCCGACAUGGCUCAACCUCACUUCAAAAGGACGCAUGACGUGCAGUCAUACGCCAAGUUCUAUCAAGAAAAUGAGCGUAGACAGAUGGAGCGUGAAGAAAAGAAACGUCAACGCAAGCGCGAGGAACAGCGAAAGCAACAGCAAACAUCAACACUCAAACCAUCGGCACUGGCAACGUCACUCGAGCGAGAUAUCAGGGGCUCUAUUGUGGCAGAGAAUCAGACCUCUAGCUAUACGUCGGAUGGUCCUCUGGACUUCCCUCUUAGCAUCGACGAACCAAAUCUCGAUCUCAUUGAGGCUCUCGCGACAGCCGAGUCAUACGAUGGCCAUGCUACGGGCGAUCUCGCACAUGUAACGCGACGUUUUGCCUCGAUCUCCGAGAUCAAUGGUUCUGCAGCGGAAACCGACAAAUACACCACACACGAUGGAAUCAAGCUUUCGGAACACUGGUCGCCUUGUGCCUCUGUACUUCUCCAGCCACCUACAGAAAUAACCGAACCGCAAGUCGCAAUUGCCUCUUCACAGAACAAGCAGCCGCUGGCUCUCGAUUCAGUGAGAUCUUCGACCGGGCAACUCCGCCUAGCAGGUUGUGUUCCAAAUGACGUGAACGAAUGCAUUACCCAAGACAAGGCGAGGAGCGAAAACGGCGACACCUGCGAAAGCAUUGAUGAUGAUGGCUCAGUCAACGACGACGACGGGAGCUCCGAUGAUGACGACACCGAUCGCGAGAGCUUUCUUCCGGACGGAGCGGUUCGGGGACCUCAAUUUACAAAUCGACACCGGCCGAGGACCUUCUCAACAAGCAAGUCGGCGGCGCCCGACCCCGCGAAGAGCCCACUAUACGCACCAAGUUCUGUUUCCAAUUUCUCCGUCGAUGAUGUCGCCGUUUCACUGGAAAUAGCGGAAGAAAUUCAACCAGACAUUUUUGCGCUUCCUACCCCAUCCUCAGAUCACCCCUUCGUCUCACAGCAAGGCGGUGACGUCAUCACCAGUCAGAGAAAACGAGAUCACGAGGCAUGCGAAGAAGGACAUGAGAGCGACGACCUUUGCCUUCCUAAGCGAAAGAGAUCACGAAAUCCCAAUGAGACGACUGCAACAAAUGCUCUUUCUGUGAGGACUUUGCGCGCACGACCUUCUCGAGUCUUGGCAGAGAAGCCAGGCAGGAGGUGCGUUCCAGCCCAGUGCGAAAGACAUAUCCGGCGCUCCUCAAGAUCAAAGCCAUGGUCUCACGCCUCUGGCGCCGUGAGUUGUCAAGAUGCCCAACCUCAACUUGAUGGGCUUCCCUCACUGGACGUGGAUAAUGCGUCAAAUAGAGGGAAGCGGACGAGAACACGGCGGGGGCGACCGCAAAGUAUACCCCAGGUAACUUCGCCGCGUUCAUCUCAUUCCAACCAUUCUUCAGGAAAGCCUAAUCCUCAAAAGAAUGGACGAGAUUGCCUCCCUCCUGCCGCCACCACAGUGAAUUCAUCCUCAGCCACAUGUCACACCUGUGGCUUCUCUGCAGAGCAUUUGCUGCAGAUAAGCGAUACCGUCGAGGCUCUCACUCGAAGUGGUGCUGAGCUGUCUGGCAAUGCAAGGGAAUCAGACAUUCUUCGGCUGUUUCUCGGGUUCGUCAGAGAUCACGCUACAAAGAGACUUCCACAUAAGGCAAUAAUCACGGGAAAUAGCGAUCCCUUCAAUGGGACAAAUCAAGAACAGAUACGGGAGGCAACUGUGGGGCUACCAAACUCCGAGACAGUCAAAGAUGACGAUAGCUCAGAUGGCAACUCUGAAGACAGCGACAGCGAAGACGAAAGUGUGGGUUUCAGUCGUAGUGACAGCCCUGAUAUUCCUAAGCAAAGGAGCAAGAGACCUAAGCGUCUUCGUUGGACACCCUUAGACGAAUUACGCCUGCGCGCAUGGGUUCAAGAGGAAAAGGAGUGGUCGUGGAUUGCUGGUCAAUUGCAGCGAAGCGAGCAGGGUGCCUUUCAGCACUGGUCUAUUAUGAGGAAAAGAGAAGAGGAACUGGGCAAGAUGUGAGGGAGACAUCGUCUCAGGGGUAUGCUGUAUUGUCUUUUGGAUAACUGAAAUGGAUACAAUUGUCCCAUUUCUCAUUGAGAGGACAGCCGGAUCUCGUGGUUUCUGUGCAUUUGAAUACGCCGGCUUUGUUGUCUCCUGACCUGCAGGUUCCAGCGGAAAAACAGUAGGACUUGACCGUGACAAGUCAAUAACAGGUUUAUGUUUCGCCAGGCGAACUUCUG